AGGAUAUUUUUUUUAGUUUCACUUUGGUUGCCAUUUCAAGCAGUUAAAAUGGAAAUUAAUUUUCAUGGGAAACGUGCUUUAGUUACCGGAGCUAGCCAAGGUAUUGGCCGGGAAUUAGUUAAAAAGCUAGUACUAUGUGGCGCCAAAGUCAUUGCUGUUGCUAGAAAUCAGCAACUUCUAGAAUCGCUCCAAAAGGAAGUUCCAAGCAUUGAAAUUAUCGCUGCCGAUUUAUCAAAUUGGAAAAAUACUGAGGAAGUCUUAAGUAAAAUAGGAAAUGUGGAUUUGUUGGUCAAUAAUGCCGGUUUGGCCAUAUUGGGACCUUUGACUGAAGUCACUGAGGAAGAUGUGGAUAAGGUAUUCGCCAUCAACAUCAAAUCCAUGAUAAACGUGACCAAGCAAGUAAUCAAGAACCUCUUGGCAAGAAAAGCGCCGGGUUCCAUUGUGAACAUUUCCUCACAAGCCUCCGUAGCAGGUCUAGCCAAUCACUCGGUUUACUGUGCUUCAAAGGGGGCAGUGGACGCGUUCACACGAUCCAUCGCUUUGGAUUACGGCCGACAUGGCAUACGAGUGAACAACGUCAAUCCUACUGUGAUCAUGACCGAUAUGGGACGAUUGGGUUGGUCUGAUCCCAAAGUCGCUGCGCCAAUGUUGGACCGGAUACCUUUGGGAAGAUUUGGCGAAGUGGAUGAAGUUGUUAAUUCUGUCAUUUUUCUUUUGAGCGAUAUGUCUUCGAUGACGACAGGAUCUAAUGUUUACGUUGAUGGGGGUUAUAUUGCUGUUUAAUAUCUUGAAAAAUAUAUUGGACAACACUGUAAUUUACUAUUUAAUUACAUAAUGUAAACUUCAUCCUUUUAAUUCAAUAAAACAACCAUCAG